AUGGCCACGACGUUGCGCGCUGCAGCGGCGUUGGUCGUUCUCGCCUGCGCCCUGUGUGUGACGCAUGCUGCCAUCUUGCCGCCGUCAUCCUGUGAGCACGACGGUGCCCUCCUUACACGCCUUGUGUACGAAGAUCGCCCUCGUGGUGGCGCGUACUCGAACAGCACCCAGCGAUCGGGGCCCCUGACCGUGACCUUGAUGGACAUCGACAGCAACACGGCAAUCUUGACCCUGGUGUUGCGCGACCACAACCACAUCCUGCACCGCGAAGCAAACACGCGCGCCACGCUGCACCCAGACAUUGUUUGGCUCAGCGGCUUUGAAGCAAGCGACCCCGAAGACUCACAUGCGCGUGUGUCGCUGUCGUGGGAGGCGGGCCGCGUCACGGGCUGGGCUCGCGUCGGUGCAGACCGAUACUCCAUUGAACCGCCCAUCCGCCCAGCAACACCCGCAGCAAACGGAGACAGGGGUGUGCUCGCGUGUGUUACGCACGUGCAUGACAUCGCGUUUCAGCCCAUGUCCCUGGCACACCCCCACACGGCAGACAUUGCACAGACCAAUAUCAGCACCGGCCCCGGCACUCCACCGAGCGACGAAGGCAACGGCGGCGAACGCGCACGGCAGCGCCGCGAGGGCCCACCGUCACCAGACCACACCAUCUGCAGCGUAUACGUGGACUACGACGUGAACUUCCUGCGGGCGUGGGGCGGCGACUGCUGGCCCGACGAGGACACCGACCUGUGCACCGCCCGACAGUUUGCACAGACGGAGGCGCGAAUUGUCGACAUUCUGCACCUCGUUGAUGGCGUGUACGACGACAACCGCAACUUUGGUGGCAGCCCCAUCUCGUUCCAAAUCCGAGGCAUCUUCUACACGGGCGGGGCGGUUGGUUUGCCGCAGGGGGACAGCGCCGCCGAAGACCCAAACACCAUCCUGAGGUCAUACCAGGAGUGGUUGGCAGAGGGGGCUGCAGCAGGGGCCACGAAGCGCGUCCGUGGCGCUGGCGAGCCGACGUCGCAACAGGUGUGCCUGAACCACUUCUUCACGCACACGGAUGCGGGCGGCACGCUUGGUGUUGCCAGUCGCGGCUCCACAGACGAACGCACGGCCGGCGGUAUCUGCUCAUACACCAUCUUCACCAACAGCGGAAAGCCGUAUGUCGUCAACACGGGGUUCUCGACCACGCGUUCCGCCGGCGCCGUCCCGCUCAUGCAGACGGUGCUGGUCACUGCGCACGAGAUUGGCCACAACGCGGGGGCAGUCCACGACUGUUGCAGCACCGUCCUGUGUGGUGGUGGGCGCAUCCCUUCCUGCUCCUCCACGCCUGGGUCGCACCGCUGCUACCCGUCUGACGCGCAGGGGGGCCCCUAUGUCAUGUUCCCGGAGAUCACCAACGACCUGCAGGCAGACAACGCAUAUCUCUUCUCGCCCUGCUCCAAGGAAGACAUCACGGCGGUUGUGGCCGCCAAGGGCAGCUGCUUCCUCCAGCCAGACCCGUGCCGGUUUGGCGGCGCGUGCUGCAAUGCGGAUGGUACGCUUCGCCCCAAGGGCACCCUGUGCAGGGGCGCUGACCCGACCACCCCGUGUCUUGACGAGCAGCGGUGCGAUGGUGAGACUGCCGAGUGCCCGCGUGGUGAGCCGCUCCCGGAUGGCACCUCGUGCGACCUUGUUGAUGGCGCCGACACAACCCGCGCCGUCUGCUUUCAGGGCACGUGCUCGCACAUCCACGAGGCGUUUUGCCGCAUGGCGUUAGGCCUCGCUGGGUGCUCCCUGCGCAACUACCCAUGCGUGCGCGCGUGUGCCAACGACAACGGCUGCUACCCGUACUCUGGCCAGUGCGGCACAUCGUCAACGCUGGUGUGGGAUGCGGACGCACCCUGCGAGCGCGCACCAGCAACCACUCCAUGCAUCACGCCCGCAGACGAACAGGGCAUGUGCACGGAGCAGGGCGCGUGUGAUGCGUGUGGGCCGGGCGGCUGCGGCGGUUCCAGCGGCAACAGCGACGCCGUGUACUGCGAAUGGCAGCAGGAUGCAGCCUUCACCGCAUGCUCGGCUCCCUGUGGCGGCGGUACGCGCGAGCGUGGAUGGUCGUGCCGCUGCACAGACGGGACGCAGGGCGACCAAUUGUGCGUGGGUGACGAGCCAGCAGCAGACGUGGAGGCGUGCAAUGCAGACGCGUGUCCGACGGACUGCACAUGCACGUCGUGGUCGUCCUGGUCAGCGUGCUCUGCCUCGUGCAACGGCGGCCAGCAGACCCGCACGCGCGUGUGCUCGGAGCCGCAGCAGGCUGGCGGCGCGACGUGUGCAGAGCUUGGGUUGGACGACGCAGAGACGAGGACGUGUAAUGAGGACCCGUGUCCUGUGGACUGCGAGUGCAACAACUGGUCUGGCUGGUCAGACUGCAGCGUGUCGUGCGGUGAAGGCGGCAUUGAGACGCGCUCGCGCACAUGCACGGACGCGCAGCACGGCGGUGCCACGUGCCAGGACCUCAACCUCGCUCCAAUCCAGACGCGCUCGUGCGAGGAUGUCACGCCAUGCCCCGAGGACUGCAUGUGUGGCCAGUGGUCGUCGUGGUCAGAUUGCUCCACCACAUGCGGCGAGGGCAUCACCACGUCCACGCGCACGUGUGUUGAGGAGCGAUUCGGCGGCAGGUCGUGCGCGCAGCUUGGGCUCUCCGACACGCGCACGCAGCCGUGCCUGCAGGCAUCGUGCCCCGUCCCGUGCGACCCUGCCGUGGGCUGCGCAACCGCUGACGCAUGCCUGGUUCCUGCGUCGUCGUCGUCGUCAUCCUCAUCAUCAUCAUCAUCAUCAUCAGCAUCGUCAGCGAGCAACAAUGAUACGGGGACGGUUCGUGUUGGCGAGUGCAACGGCGAUGGCACGUGUCAGCUGCUGCCUGUCGCGGACGGCACCACGUGCACCAGCGACGAAACAGAUGUUGCUGCCGGCACGGUGACGCAGUGCUGGUUUGGCGUGUGCUCCGUAACGCGGCGUGACUGCCUGGAAUCGGGGUGGUCCGACUGGAGCAAGUGCAGCCAGUGCACCCGCACGCGCCAGCGGUCCAUCAUGCAUGAGCGCAUGGGCAACGGCAGCCGGUGUGGCGCCCUCUCAGUCACGGAGGAGUGCUGCGGCGUCGAGGUUGACAUCAGACUCAACACCACGCGGGCCGGCAUCGCUGGCGUUGCCGCGGCCUCGGACGCCUCCUUCCAGUCGACCGUGCUCACCGCCAUGCGCACUGUCGUGGACCCGUCCAUCUUCAUCGCGUCGUUUGCGCGUGCCGCCGCUGACACCAGCCAGGCAGCGAGCGGCAGUGGCAGCAGUUCUUCUGCCCGAAGGAGGCGAGAGGUCGCAUCAGACACGCGCGCGUACCGGGCUGUGGUUGCAUCAUCAUCCGUGAAGGACAGCAAGCUGGCGACGGCGGUGACAGAGGCUGCGGCUGCACUGUCGAGCCAGCUGGCAGCAGACGUGAGCGUCGUUGGUGUGGUGACGAGCGGGUCCACCUCCUCCAACGGCAGCGGAGCAUCCACGGGCGCCAUUAUCGGCGGUGUUGUUGCAGGCGUGCUCGUGUUCGCCAUUCUCGUGGCCAUCAUCUUGUACCGCAGGCGUGACAGCAACCGUAGCAGCAGCGGCAGCAGUAGUGCUGGCGGUGCAAGCAAAGGGUGGAAGAGCAUGAACCAAGGCGGGCAGAAGCGUGCGCCGUCACGUCCAGCUGCACGUGGCGUGCACACCCCGGCCACCAUCCAAACAAUGACCACGUACGACAACAGCGCGUUCACCGGCGGCGCAUACUCUGCGGCCACCACUACCGCCAAUGCACAUGGGCCUGCACCGGCACCACGACCAAACCCGCUCGUGUCAGCGAUGGGCAGCAGCGACGCCGUCAACACGUCCAAGCACACGGGUGCCGCCAAGCACGCACCUGCUCGCCCAGCCCCUGUGCGCCCGGCACCAGCACCAACAACAAGAACAACAACAGCAGCACCAACAACAGCAGCAGCACGAACAGCACCAACAUUGUCAGCGCGCGGGCCGGCGAAACCGACACCUGUGGCGGCCCCACGAUCGCCCCGUCGCCAGGCCCAGGCCCAGGCCCAGGCUGCUAUGGUGCCGUCGUCAGCAGCAAGGGCGGGCGGCGGUGGCGAGGAGACGUCGGGUGGCGAGAGGUACCGUGCCACGGCCGCAUACAUGGCCGAGCACGAAGGCGCCAUGUCACUGCGGGACGGCGACGUGGUUGUGGUCACGGACAAGAGCAACGCGGAUUGGUGGUAUGCGACGUGCAGCGAUGGGCGCGCUGGCUACAUCCCGGCCACGUAUGUCACUCCCCUGGCAGAUGGGGGCGGACGCACGCGGCGCCCCUCUGUUCGCCUGGCUGAGGUGACGACUGCAGAGUCGGUUGUGGACGACGACGACGACGAUGACGUGCACUCGUACGACAACGUGGAGGGAGGCGAUGCUGCGUCUGCUACCACUGUCGAACACACCACGCAGGCCGGACAGGCAUAUCAGGUCUCGUGCAUGUACGAUUGGACAGCGACCAACAGCGAGGAGCUGACGGUCGCGCGCGGCACAAUCCUGACGGUUGAGGGCGAGGAGGGUGGCUGGCUGCACUGCCGCCGCGGUGCUGAGCGAGGGCUGGUGCCCGGCAACUAUGUGCGUCGCAUCUCACCCGCCAAAUCCGGCGGUGCUGCCGCUGGCGGGCGCCCAGCUGCUCCACCACCGAAGCACGGCAAGCUCGUGUUCAAGAGCGGUGGCGAUCGCGAUGCCCCGCGCCCAUCGAAGCCAUCACGGCCCGCACGUCGGCCAAGUCGGGGUGAGAGGCCGAUACAAGGCAAGCCAAGCAAGCCAGCGAGGCCUGCAGCGGCGGUGGCAACAACUUCACCCGCUACACACGCCGCCCAGCGUGACGCACCAGCAAGGCCGUCGUCGCGGCCCAGCGCACCGACAGCUGGCGCCUCCCAACCAAAGGCACGCCCGCCCAAGCCAACAAAGCCAACAAAGCCAGCCAUGGCCGCAACCACCCAUCCACAACAACAACAACAGCACCAGCACCACCAGCAACAGGAGCGGCAGCGGCACCAGCAGGCAUCGUCCCGACCAGGAGCAAGGCCAAAGCCGAAGCCGAAGCCAAAGCCGAAACCGAAGCCACCUGGUGCUGGCCGCGUGUGA